CCAAGCUGAGAGCGCCGGCUGGGUGCUAGGUGGGUCGCGCAGCGUCAGCUGGCCCGGCAGUCUCUACAAGGCGGCCGAGUGUGAAAGACAUAGGUUUGCAGCCAACGAGACUACUUAGCGCCGAUAGUAGCCAAGAUGAGGGUGUUGCUCGCGUGCUCCGCUGCGCUGCUGCUGCUGGCAGUCGCUCACGUCACCAUGGGACUGGAGGACGACGGCACCAAGUCUGUGGAGCAGCUGUGGGAGGAGUGGAAGGUUGAAAAUGGGAGGAAGUACGACACUCCAGAGGAGGAGAAGAAGCGCUUCGGAAUCUUCAAGGACAACAAGAAGCGCAUCGACGAGCACAACGAGAAGUUCAAGAAGGGUGAAGUCAGCUUCUCUCAGGGCCUCACCCUCUGGGCCGACAUCACCUCCGAGGAGUUCAAAGCCCGCCACCCACCGCUCAAGUUGCCCGCGGAAAAGACCGGACUCGCUGGAAGCUUGUAAAUGCAUCAGUCUGUUUGGAUAACUUCAUAUUAAUAAGAUAUGAUAUAUUUUCUACCGUUGCAAA